GAUAACGCUUUGGUUCGGUUUGGUUCGGGCCCAAGAGUGUAAAGGAGCACCAGGCUGAAAUGCCACCGUCUUCGAUCUAAACACGACUGAACUGCUGUAGAAAUAAGGAACUCUCCCCGUGGCCUCAGUUCCUGUCUGCACCCACCAUGUCGUGCCGGGACAUCCAUGCCACCAACGCUUUUGCCUUGAUCAUUGCCAUUGUGUCUGUGGGAGGGAUUGCGGUGGCAGCGGUAAUCCCGCAGUGGCGUGUGACCAGACUCGUCACCUUCAAUCGUAAUGCCAAGAAUAUCAGCGUGUAUGAUGGGCUGUGGGCUAAAUGUGUAAAACAGGAUGGCUAUUCAGGAUGUUACUACUAUGAUUCAGAGUGGUACUCUAAAGUUGACCAGCUGGAUCUGCGGCUCCUGCAGUUCUGUCUGCCUACAGGCCUGCUGCUCGGCUCUCUGGCCUUGCUGCUGUGCAUGUCGGGCAUGUGCAAGACCUGCUGCUGCUCAGACAAGCCAGAACCGGACAUUAAGACCAUCAGAUUCCUGGUCAACAGUGCAGGCUGUCACCUGGUGGCUGGGAUGUUCCUGUUCCUCGGCGGCGCUAUCGCCAUCGCACCGUCAGUGUGGUUCCUGUUCCGCACUAAGGAAUUGAACAUGAGAUAUGACAACAUUUUCUCUGAUGGCUUUGCUGUGUAUGUAUCUAUUGGCUGCUCUGGAGGACUAAUGCUGGCUUCCCUGCUGAUGUUCAUGUGGUACUGUAUGUGUAAAAAGUUGCCUUCGCCCUUCUGGUUGCCCCUGCCCUCCAUGCCUACUUCGUUGUCCACACAGCCUCUAACUGCCAACGGAUAUCCUCCUUCCCCAGUUUAUGGUCCUCAGCCCUUCCUACAGCAGACCUAUCCUCCCACCGUGAUUGACGCCCAGCCGUAUAUGCCUGCCCAGGGCUACGCGCAAAGCGUGGUCGCCCCUGCACCGCCCCAGGUCUACAUGUCUCAGAUUUCUGCUCCAGAGGGGUAUGGUUCAGAGGUGGGAGGAACUCAGGCCUACAGCUACGCUCCCUCGCAGAGUUACGCUCCCUCGCAGAGCUACGCUCCCUCCCAGGCCUACGCGUCCAGCUACGCAGGCCACCGCUACUCCUCCCGCUCACGGAUGUCUGCCAUAGAGAUCGACAUUCCCGUGCUGACUCAGGGACAGUAAGUGAAGAGGAGUCGACAUCGUCAGAACACUGAAGGCUUCUGGUCCAUGUACCCCCAUGAAGUUCACUACUGAUAAAAACUAAUAUAGUAUGAAAGAUGGAAGUUACUACAAUGAGAGCUAUUUACAGUCCCUAGAGUGAUAGUCUUCAGCCAGUCAGUCCAGGUCUGUAGAUUGCUGAUUAUAGAAGAUGAGAACGAGGAGGAACUAUAUGAAGGAUGGAAUUUUCUUUAAAAUGAAGAUCACUAAAGCAUUUGUGCAAACAGCACUGUAAAUGCCAAGUAUUUUUGAAAAGGGAAGAAAAUAGGUAUUGAGUAAGGUAUAUAGGUAUAUAGUGAAAGACACCUCAACAAAAAAAUGCUUUUUUUUUUUUUUUUUUUAACUAUUUUACUGGCAAAGUAGAAGCCCUUAAACAAUAGCUCCUAACUUGCUCAAGUGGCCAAUGGACCAACCUACGAGCUACAAGCAAAUAGUUACUAGCAUUUGGUUUAAUGUAAUUUUUCACUCUUUACUUUAGAUUAAAGAAGCCCUUGUGCUGUCUGCAAAGCUAGUGGCAGCUGGUCAGCAAAAUUAUAUUUUUCUGUUACAUUUGUUAGACAUAUUACAGUGAUACUCAAAUCACGUGAAUUUUGCUUGUGUAAAGCUUAAACUAUGGAGGUCUUCUGUUAUCACUACUAAACAUAACACUGAUUCAACUCUAAAUGCUGUGGUUCCGAAUGGACAAAUACUAACUGAAUCACCUGUUUGUGUCUGUUGUCUAACAUGAAUUGUUAUUAUAUUGUUGUAAUGUCACAGUGCCCUGUGAAGAGCAGCCGUUAAUAUUUUAAUGCACUAAUUAUGUGAAUACUGUGCCAGUUUACAUUGCCUUUGUUCACUGACUUUGUUAGCUUGAGUAUAACAUAUUACUUAAUCAUUUAUUAUAACAUUGUAUAAGUGUUAAUGUCAAAAAAGGAGGCGCUAAAGAAUUUGUUAAUGUUGAAAACACUAAGAAACAACAGAGAAGAGAGUCCUGUCUGUCCUGUAUCUGCACUCAACAUGUCAGCUGAUUGAUCGGAUGAUUAAUACUUAGCUAGAAGUAAAAUAAUACUGUAAUGUUUUCAGUGAUGGUAAGCCAAAUUUAACUUACAGUUUAAUUCUUGCCUUUUGUAUGUUUUGCAGAAUGAGCACUGAUCAACAUUUUUUCAAAUUCUAACGUGUUCAUGUAAUUCUACAAUGUUGAGGUCGAUUAUGUUGUCAAAUGUUUUUCUACGCUGUCUUUUUUUUAUUAUUAAAACACAAAUCACAAUGUA